AUGUCUCAGUCUCACCCCAAGAUGGAGUCUCCCUCACCUUUCCGUUGGUCUACUGAUGCUUUUAACAUCGACUUUGCUUUUGACACGAAAAACGUGAUUUCCAUACGCCGUAUCGCACCGAAAGGGAAGAACUUAGAACAGGGAGCAACGCCAAUCCCUUCAUCCGAUGUCCCUCUAAUAAAUGUUAAGCUGGUUGGUGAAGGUAACACUGGCAACAAGACAUCAAAAUCUUUGAUAGGAAGCUACCUUUCUGCCCGGCUGCGGUACAAAAGUCAUGAAACUCACGUCGAGGGCUCUGAGCAAACCCUUGUUAUUGAGACUGCGGACAACGUGACGAAAGUUCACAUUUCGGUGCGCCUCGUUGUUUACGGCAGUAUCCCUGUACUUCGAUCGUCAGCCACCAUUACGAAUCAAUCUGAUGACGCUACGAUUUGCGUCACACAACUCUCGUCGUUGUCCCUGGGUAACUUGGUACCUGUCAGGGACUGGCAUGAAGAGUACACCCUCCAUACGGCCACUAACUCCUGGUUCAGAGAGGCCCAGUGGUCAAGCCAUACACUGCCCGAGCUCGGCAUUGACUUGAACGGAAUCUGUGAGCUUCCUGAUGGGCAUACAAGCUCUCAGGCUAGCUUUAGUCUCCAAAAUCUAGGCUCAUUCUCCACUGGAACCCAUCUGCCGAUGGGAAUACUGAAAUCCAAGCACGAUAAGGAUACUUGGCUGUGGCAAGUCGAGCAUAACGGUUCCUGGAGGUGGGAGAUUGGCGACUAUAAAGACAACCUCUACCUUGUGGCAGGCGGGCCAAUUGGAGUCGACCAUGACUGGAAGCUGGUCCUCGGCCCCAAGCAGAGCUUCACCACUGCCAAAGUGGCCGUAGCGCGAGUUUUUGGUGGCAUAGAAGAUGCCUUUGCCGCGAUCACAAGCUAUAGGCGCCGUAUUAGAAGGCACCACGCUGACAAUGACCGACUGCCUAUUAUCUUCAACGAUUAUAUGAACUGCCUGAUGGGCAACCCGGAUGAAGAAAAGAUAAAGGCUUUGAUUGACCCAGUUGUGAGGUCUGGCGCCGAGUACUUUGUGAUUGAUGCUGGCUGGUAUGCGGAUGACAGCAACUGGUGGGAUGAUGUCGGCUUGUGGGAACCUUCACUGAAACGGUUCCCCUCAGGCUUCAAAGCGCUUUUGGAUGAAAUUAGAUCCAAGGGUCUAAUUCCAGGGGUUUGGCUCGAGCCUGAAGUUGUCGGUGUUCGCAGCGUCGUUGGCGAACGGCUGCCGCGAGAGGCCUUCUUCCACGAGAAUGGGCAGCGGAUCGUCGAGAAAGGCAGAUUUCAACUAGACUAUCGAUGUGAACAAGUGCGCACCUGGAUGGACCAAGUCGUGCAUCGGCUGGUCAUCGACUAUGGCGUUGGCUAUUUCAAAUUUGAUUACAACAUCGAGGUUGUGCAGGGAACUGAUGUUCACGGGCCGUCAUCCGCAGGAGUCGCGCAUCUGGAACACCAGCGGGCAUACCUCUCGUGGGUUGAGUCUCUCUUCGAUCGCUAUCCGGAUCUGGUGAUUGAAAGUUGCUCGAGCGGCGCACAACGUCUGGACUAUGCCAUGCUGUCUAUACAUCCUUUACAAUCAACAAGUGACCAACAAGAUCCUAGUCUUUACGCCGCUAUUGCUGCAGCUAUCCCGACUGCUGUAACACCAGAACAGAGUGCAUCAUGGGCCUAUCCACAACCUGAAUGGUCUGAUGAGAUCAAUGCGCUAACGGUUAUCAACAGUCUUAUGGGGAGGGUGUAUUUGAGUGGUCGCCUUGACAAGUUGAGUGAAGAGCAGCUUCAACUUGUCAUCGAUGGCAUGAACGUGUACAAAUCCAUACGCCAGGAUCUGCGGGAUUCCCAAGCCGCCUGGCCCCUGGGCUUGCCUGGCUGGCAUGAUGAAUGGCUUGCUCUUGGGCUUGUCGCAACUUCUGGUUCGAUGUACCUGGCAGUUUGGCGCAGGGGCGGAGCAACGAAGAUGGAUAUUCCCAUCCAUCAACAGUUUGCCAGUGGAAAAGACGGACAUGUGGAAGUUCUUUACCCAAAGAAAAUGAACGGCAGGGCCAACUUGAACAAGGGAGUGUUAAGAGUAGAGCUGCCUGACGUGGUUUGCGCCAGAUUGCUUUUGAUCAGUAACUGA